UCUCUGUGCGGCACUAACCACUCGUCAUACACCGGGAGCAGCGUGGUUGACACAACAAGCCCAGCGGUCGGUCCGCUCACUCUCGCGCCGCUCCGCUGCAGCUCCUCCGCGGCACACGAGGACCGCAACGACCCGCCCGGCCACCGCGACAAGGACGGAGAAAUGAGCUCGUCCUCCGCCGUUCACAGCGCACUGACGUGAGCGUGUCACGGCUCUAUUUAACGGACAGGCGCACGCGCGCACACAGGCUCACGCGUGCACAGAAGAGGCCGCACCGGACUGCUGUUCACAGAUCUCCCCCCCCCCAAACCCCCCCAUACAUCUCGGUGCCGGACGGUCCCAGCAACCAGCAGCCGGAACCAUGGCGGAGAGAAGUGGCCGGUUGAGCUUCCCCGGGAGCGGAGCUCUCAACAGACCGGUCCCCAUGAACCUGUUCGCCACAUGGGAGAUAGACGGGUCCUCCCCGAACUGCAUCCCGAGGUUGUGCAGUCUGACUCUGAAGAAGCUGGUCGUGGUGAGAGAACUUGAUAAAGAGCUGAUCUCUGCGGCCAUAGCGGUUAAAAUCCAGGGCUCCAAACGGGUGCUGCGGUCCCAUGAGAUAGUGCUGCCACCCAGUGGGUCUGUGGAGACCGAUCUGGCUCUCACCUUUUCACUGCAGUACCCUCACUUCUUAAAACGAGAAGGGAACAAGCUGCAGAUCAUGCUGCAAAGGCGGAAGAGAUACAAGAACCGAACCAUCUUGGGCUACAAGACUCUGGCAGUGGGAUCUAUCGACAUGGCCGAGGUGAUGCAGCACCCGACCGAGGGAGGCCAGGUCCUGCCUCUGUGCAGCAACCAGAAGGAGCUGCUGGGGAAGGUGGCCGAGAUCUGGAUCGUGUCUCUGUCCAGUCAGCCGAUAGACCACGAGGAGGCCGCCCUGCAGGGAGGACAGAAGAUCAAAUGCUCCGAUAACUACUCCGAGGAGGAGUACGAGAGCUUCUCCUCCGAGCAGGAGGCCAGCGACGAUGCCGUGCAGGUUCAGGAUCUGGAGGAUGACGAGUACGAUGUGAGGAAGCCAAAGAAGCAGAGGAGGUCGAUUGUGAGGACCCCCUCCAUCACCAGACAGCAGAACUUUAAGCAGCGCGUGGUGGCUCUCCUCAAGCGCUUCAGGGUUUCAGAUGAGGUGCUGGACUCGGAGCAGGACCCCGCAGAGCCGCCCCCCGAGGUGGAGGAAGAGGACCUGGACCUGGACAGCGUAGAGUUUGAGAACCCGAGUGACAGCGGCCCGGAGCUGGACGACGACGACAGCGUCCUCAGCACCCCCAAACCCAAACUCAAGCCCUACUUCGAGGGUCUCUCCCUCUCCAGCUCUCAGACGGAGAUCGGCAGCAUCCACAGCAGCCGGAGCCACCGGGAGCCUCCGAGCCCGAUGGACCCGGAGAAGACCAAGUGUGCUGCGGCCAAGUUUCCAGGUGACGGUGUGUCUGGUAGCGUCUCCUUUGAGCAACCCGAGCCGGUCACUCCGACCACAGAGCUGGAGAUGGACAACAUGGACACGUUUCUAGAGCGACUACCGCCGAGUGGCAAAAUGACCAAGACCGAGUCACUAAUCCUUUCAUCCAACAGGCAGGAGUCAAAGUUGGCGGGGAGGCGAGGCAGGAGCACGUCACUGAAGGAGCGCCAGCCCAGCAGGCCGCAGAACGAGCGGGCCAACAGCCUGGACAACGAGCGGUCCCUGGACACGCGCUGCCACCUGCAGAUUCCAAGAAAGACCGUGUAUGACCAACUCAACCACAUCCUGGUGUCCGACAGCCACCUCCCUGACAGCAUCAUCCUCAUCAACACGUCGGACUGGCAGGGCCAGUACGUCUCAGAUAUGCUGCAAAACCACCACCUCCCCGUGGUGUGCACCUGCACCACGGCCGACAUCCAAGCUGCGUUCAACACUAUUGUCUCCCGCAUACAGAGAUUUUGCAACUGUAACUCCCAGACUCCCAUUCCCAUAAAGAUCGCGGUGGCCGGAGCGCAGCACUACCUCAGUGCAGUUCUGAGGCUUUUUGUGGACCACCUUUCCCAUAAGACCCCUGACUGGCUGGGCUACAUGAGGUUCCUCAUCAUCCCCCUCGGUGCACAUCCAGUCUCCAAAUAUCUCGGCACUAUUGACUAUCGAUACAACAGUUUGUUCCAAGACGCCGCUUGGAGGGACCUGUUUCACAAGCCAGAGGCUCCGGUUAUUGCCCAGCAGAACCCCGACGUGGUGUCCAGGGUGACUCAGUACAUGGUGGGAGCCAACGGAGCCCACCAGCUUCCCAUCGCGGAGGCCAUGCUCACCUACAAACAGAAGAGGAAAAAGAGCUUUCAUUUUGAUUUUGCAGUAAGUCCGGAUGAAGACUCGUGUCAGAAAUUCAUCCCCUUCGUUGGGAUGGUAAAAGUUGGCCUUGUGGAGCAAACGUCUGCAACAUCAGGAGACUCUGACGAUGCAGCCCCUCUGGCCUCCUCGCUGCUCUCCUCCACCCCUCCACAAGUAUCACCGGCUCUCAAAGAGGCGUCGCCCACACCGCCCUCCUCUCCCUCCGUCACCACCAGCCUCUGUGCUUACAGUUCUGUAGGUCAGGGGGAGCUGAUGGGGCUUCAGGUGGACUACUGGGCGGCUGCAACAGAGAGGAAGAAGGACAUGGAGAAGCGCGACUCCUCCUCCAAAAACACUCUGAAGUGCAAUUUCCGCUCGCUGCAGGUCAGCCGGCUGCCACUGGGGGGCGCAGAGCCGAGCCCCCAGCCCACCAUGUCCAUGACUGUGGUGACCAAGGAGAAGAAUAAGAAGGUCAUGUUCCUGCCCAAAAAGAGCAAAGACAAGGAGGUGGAGUCCAAGAGUCAAGUGAUCGAGGGCAUCAGCCGGCUCAUCUGCACUGCCAAGCACCAGCAGACCAUGCUGAGAGUACUGAUUGACGGCGUGGAAUGGAACGACGUCAAGUUCUUCCAGCUGGCGGCUCAGUGGUCCUCGCACGUCAAACACUUCCCCAUCGGGAUCUUUGGGCACACGACGAGCCCCUACUAGCAGCCCCCCCCUCCCCUGUGCCAACUGCUUUUAACCUCUCCCACCUACUCCUCCCCCGCACACUUCUUCUAUUCUGCUAGUGUAAUUUGAGCUCAUGCUUUCACCUGUUGCAUUUGUCGGAGUUAUUUAAUAUUUUGCGUGUUAUUUUUUAUAAAUUUCUAUUUAUGGAUAAUUUUCUCGAGGCAAAGCUUCCAAGAAAAAAUAUCCUGCUGAUGUUUUAUAAACAUUUGAGAAAAACAAAACAAAUUAAAUAAUGAUUAGACAUUACUUCUAAUAUUUAACAUGCUUGUAUGAGUUCCCAUGUGUCUCUAUCUCCCUCUAAUAUAUAUAUAUAUAUAUAUAUAUAUAUAUAUAUAUAUAUAUAUAUAUAAUGACAUCAUGAUGUGAUGUCAAAGAUGAUGAAGACAUUUUACAUUUUUUAAUUGGGAAACCGUUGUCGAUUCAUUGUUUCAAUCCCGAAAGAAACAAGAGUUCUCAACUAUGUGCAAUAGACUGAAAGCCGCGUGAAUGUGAUUCUUAAUAAGUGAUUCUUAAAGAUCACCUGGCACUGAUGAGGAUUACACACAGCUCUCAGAUGUGAUUUUCAACCCUCUUCUCUCUAGUUUCUCCUCCUUGUUUGAGGUUUGAACGGUUUUGCUCCAAAGGGACAUAUGGGAAUAUAGAAUCAAGAAAUUUAUUAACAGCACAAAAUUACAAAAAAAACUACCUUUGGUCUUCUGGGCAGAAUGAACAUGUUUGUUGCAUCACUUUCUUUCUGAGAGUUUGAUGAGGAAUAAAUAUGUGGCAAAGGCAGCGGUCGCUUAGCAUAAAGGCUGGAAACCAGGCUCUGUCCAAAGAUAAUACAAAUAAUAAAAACCUACCAGCACUUCUUAAGCUCAUUAUUAACAUGGGUGGUCUUUUGAGUUUGAGUGUAAAAUGACAAGUUGUGGAUUUGUGGUGGGAUUCAAAAGAAAAUAGUCAUGCAACCCUCCCACCCCCUCAAAAAAACCAACUUGUCAUCGUAUUCACUCCAGUAACAAGAAAAGAGAAGAAUCGCACAAAACGACAGUAUUACGUUAUUCAUACAUUUUCUGUAUUAUCCACAAUAAUCAUAUGGUCAUUGUGUACUAUUUUUGGCCGUGAUAGUCAUGUGGUGUGAACCAGACAGCCCUCCUGUGGACCUCCUCCCCGCUGUCCAGGCUUCGUUCUCACAAGCUAGCGAUCCACCCACCAGCAUCUGUAAAGCUCACUCACCAACACUCCCUUGUGUUCAAAUAAAGAGUUUGGGUUUUACACCGAGCCAGGCUAGCUGCUGCGCCAGGUUGCCAGUCCUUGUGCUAAGCUAAGCUAAUCAGCUGGUAGCUGUAGAUUCAUGUAGCUACGAGAAAUCCUCCCAUCUAACUCUAUAAGAAAGUGAAUAUAUGUUUUACUCGACAUGUCUGUUCCUUUUAAGGCUUGUUUUAUGAGAUGACACACAAUUAUCUUUUUUUUCUUUUCCCCUGCUGUGUUUAUUUUAUAAAGCACUCUUUGUCCUCUAGCCUCACACUCCUUGGACACACUCCAUAUCUUUUGCUAAAAAGCAUAUGUUACUUUUGCCAAAGGAAUACUUGUCAACUGCAGCUCACUCAUUACCUGUGUGGUAUUAUAGAAGACUCCAUCAUGUAGAGGUGAAUGUAUUGAAGGUACCUUAAUGUAAAGCACUUUUUAAAUGUUUGUCCAUGAUAGACUAGGGUGUUAAACAUACCUGCAGUUCCGGCUGCCUUUGGUUCACACGCGCACAUAGACGGACACUGUGUCAGCCGUUAUAUCUGAGCUAAACCACAGCACAAACAGCGGUGACAUGGCGUAGUUUAUAUGCAAAGCAAACCAAGCGCCUGUAUCCUCUCAGUGCUGUGGAACAUCACUUCAUGCCCAGCAGGAGACCUCCUUGGAUUUACAUUU